AUGCGCACAACAGACAGGCCGCCGAAAGCAUCCUCCGUACGACGAUUGUCGACGUCUGCCCCGAAAGAGUCACCGCCGCCCACUCCGACCGCCGGCCAGCCUGCCGUUAACGGCAAUGUAAAUGGCAACGCCAAUGGCGCGACGGAAACUGGAAAGCCAACCACAGAAGGAACAAAACCUAUUCCUGUAUCACGGCCGCAGUUGGGGAGGAGUCCUUCCAACGAGAAACCGGGCCCCAACGGCACUCCGCCGUCACGCCGCAACUCAUGGUUCUCUAACAUCUCGUCAAAGUUCUCGUCUUCGCCCAACAACGGCAACAACGCACAGAUAAAUCAGCAGCCCCAGGGCACGCCGCCAAAAGACUUGGGUCCGGUCCCUCCGAAGGUCACUCCUGCGAAAAAUGCCGUACUUCCCCACGCCGCCAAAAACGAUGGCGAUCACCCCUACACGCCAGCGCCUCCCGGACGCGGCCAGGCCGGCUUCCUCGGAGUCUUCCGCCGACUGUCUUCGUCGGGCGGAGUUCUGGGACAAGGCAUGAGAGGAACCCAUGGCUUGGUAGAGAGAAAGGUCUUGAACGUUGACCGCAACCGCGAGCGGUGUCAAAUCUCGGACUUGCACCAGGCCAAACUCCGGAGGGUCGCAUUCAGCGUCGACGUCGAAAUCGCGCCAAUGCCCAAAUACGCCGACACAGACGUGCCCGCCAAGAAGCCGCUCGAGAAGUCAAGAACAAGAAAAAUGACGGAAAAGGGAGAGGGCGAGGCGCUCAAGAACCCCAAGUGUCUCGAAGAACAAAAGGAGCGCGAUGGUGUCAUCCACUCGACCGGGGAGUCUGUGCAAAAAGAGCCCGAGAGCGAAGGCACCGACCCCAGCAAGACAGCGAAGGAGGGCGACACGAAAGAGGCAAGCACCUGCGUCGACAAGGAGAAGGACACUAAGAAGAAGGAAAAGAAGAAGAAGAGCGAAGAAGAGAGGAAAGCUAGGAAGGAGAAGAAGAGGAAGCAAGCCGAGGCCAACGGCACGAUCCCCAUGGAAAUCCACAUGGACGACAGCGACUCUUCCAGCGAAGGCAUCCCGGCCGCGACACCAAAGACAACUGCAUCCCCCACCACAAACCCAGUGCGGAUAUACCGCCGGUGUUGUCAGCUGAGAGAAACACCCAUACUCAAAAAGAUCACCGAGCAACUGAACAGCCCGUCCAACUGCUCCUCCGACAUUGGCAUGGUCCAGAAACUAGAUUUGACAGGCUACUGGAUGCAACUGGCCGAUCUGGUGACCCUAGGCGACUAUCUGGCGGUCGUACCCGUCAAAGAGGUUAUUCUGGAGAACUGUGGUCUUACGGACGAGGGCUUGAGGGUGAUACUCGCCGGUCUUCUCGCUGCCAAGAAGCCCGAUUCAAAAAGACGGAAACACACGCAACCUGAUGGUAUUAUUAUGCAGGGUGGGUUUGUCGAACGACUCGUUCUCAAGAACAACAAGAUUGGACCCGAGGGCUGGAGGCACAUUUGUCUCUUUGUCUACCUCUGCCGCACCCUCAAAUUUCUCGACAUUUCUACCAUUUCUUUCCCUCGCCCUUCCCAGCCGGCACCGAAUGGACACAGCCACCACUUGCUACGACAUUCUUCGAACGAGGACCGACCCCAAAACGCCAACGCCACGUUGUUCUCCAAGGCCAUUGGCGAGCGACUGGGCGGCUCAACACUGGAAUUGCUCAACCUUGGCGAAACCAACCUCAACUCGGAUGACCUCGGCGUAAUAAUUGACGGCAUCAUUCAGUGUGGUGUCAAGCGACUGGGCCUUGCCCACAACAACAUUAACGAGAAGGGCCUCCAGCACGUUGCAAGAUAUCUUUCCCAGAGUGGAUGUGAAGGUCUCGACUUGGGCGGUAAUGAUAUUCGGGAUCAUACGGACAUCAUUGCCAAUGCAAUCUCGGCAAAGGACUCUUUGUGGGCGCUCAGCCUGGCCGAGUGUAACUUGAAGCCAGGCUCCCUCUGCAAGAUCUUCCCUGCACUUGCGCAACUCAAAGACUUCCGCUUCAUUGACCUUUCCCACAACCAGGAUCUGUGCAAGUCAGACCCCAGCGCCAUUGGUCUUUUGCGCAAGUAUUUGCCAAAGCUGGAAGGCUUGCGGCGCGUCCAUCUGGCCGAUGUCGCCAUGACCUCGGAACAAGCGAUUGCACUGGCCGAGAUCCUUCCCGAAGCGAAGAUGCUCGCACACAUCAGUUUCCUCGAGAACCCAGAGCUUGCCAAGCUUGCGGACGCUAAGACGGAGGAAGCUCAGGAAGAGGCUUGCGCCUUAUACGCAUCUUUCCUGGCUGCCACGCGUGUGUCCAAGACCAUUGUAUGUGUCGACAUCGACGUCCCCAGCGACAACUCUGGUGAGAUCGUCAAAGCUCUGGCCAAACAGGUGGUGGCAUACUGCUUGAGGAACAUGGAACGCUUCCCAAUCGGCGAUAUCAGCUCAGUCAUUUCGACGGUUUUGGCAGAGUCCCAGGAUUCAUUACCGGGCGGCCCUAUACCACCUUACCCCGAUGUCCUCGCCCAUCUUGUCGGCCACGACGUCCUCAGGGACGACUCGGACAACGAAUCCGCUCCCGAUGACGACUACGUUAUUGGUGGCACUGGUGUGGUGAAGGCUCUAACGUGCUGUCUCAAGAACAGAGGCGACGAAUCCAGAAGACAAUCUGGCGAGUUCAUCAGAGACUAUGAAGACGACGUCUCGGUGCCUGCAGGCCCGAGGCCGAAGCUUCCUCCAGGAAAGGCCAAGGACAUGUCGAAGCAUCUGCUUGCCAGUGCGCGCAAGAUCCGCCUGCGGUUGCAACCUGCGCUGUCCAAGGCCAGAGUCAACCCAGAGGAGGAUGAGCACAACCUGCGCAAGUUGAUAUUCCUCGAUGCGACACUGGCCAACAUUAUCAAGCGCUUCGAGGAUGAGUUCCCUGACACUCGUGUGUCUAACGACGAGGCAUCUGAAACCACGCUUCCCAGUCAGAGCGAUCAGCUUGGAACCUCAUUGUCAUCGACCGAGGAUCCUGAUCAACACAGCAUCCCAUCCGAUGCCGAAGAUGAGACAGGCCUUUCGGUUCGUCCUGGCCUGCAACGCACCAACUCGACAUUGUCGCACACUUCAAAGGCACUUGCAGAGGAAGAGGGCAGAAUACACAGAGCUGGCCACAAGAUCCGCUCGGGUAUCAUUAAGCCCGAGUACUACGGAUUGCUUAGCGGCGUGCUCGAGGUUGGCCUGGACCCGAAGCACACGGCUAUGCUCCACCAAAUGAUUGAAGAGAUCGACGACCCUGAACUGACCCAGAAGGUUGAGGAGAAGGGUAUAAUGCGUGUCUUUAACGAGGACCGGGAUCAAGUUCGUGAAGGGCUCCGGGCGCUCGACCCCAGCCACUGGGACCGAUUCGUUGAGAGUCAGGAGAAGGCCCGAGGCAACGUCAAGGCUGGCAUGAGCAACGGUGCCAAGCCAGCUGACGAGAAUGCCAUUGAGGACUGA